AUGCCGAUCUGUGUGAUCGCGAUGAUCAUCAUGUGCCUGCUCCCAUCCCGCUGGCUCGAAUGGACCAACUGGUUCGGCGCACAGGCGCGCGUUGUAAUCUCACCGAUCGCUCAUCCCAUGACCAUGGCGAAGAACCUCGUCAUACCACAAUCAGUGGGAAACCCCAACGCGACAUCACGCGAGCGAGCGCUCCAGUCCGAACUCGAUCGCUACCGAGCACUGCUCUACAAAGAACAACAAGAAAACAAUCAACUAUCAGCACUUGUUGAGCAGCUCUCAUCCGGCGCUGCUGUGACACCCGAUGUUGCGGUCACCCAGAUCCCGCGACCUGUGACCGGACUCUCGCGUGAGUUCCUUGUUGUGAGAUCUGGUGGCCACGAGCGGAUCACCCGCUCCACUGUCGCUGUGGUCAACGCCGUGCAGCUCUGCGGCCGUGUAGUCGUGACCGACGCACGCACGGCGCUCGUGCUCCCAAUCACCGCGAAAGACUCCCAGCCCUUGCUCGGGAAUGUCUUGCUCGACGAUUCUGGAAUCAAUACCGCUCGCUGCAUGCUCAUACCUGUUGGCAAAGGGUUGCUCGAGGGCGAUGUGACCAUGCCAGAUUCCGGAGACGAAGAACAACAGAUCGAGAUCGGGAUGGAAGUCCGGCUCCUCGAUGACCAAUGGCCUCGUCAUGCACAGAUGCUGCUGAUCGGCACCAUCGAACGCGUCGCGACUUCACCUGACCAACCACUCCGCAAACGCAUUACCGUUCGUCCGAGUAUCGAUCUGCGGAGGGGGCGCUCCAUGAACUGGUUCGUGCUGCUCUUCUUCGCGUGGGUUGGGUUCGGUCUGGAAAUGGCGCUGCUCCCUGUGUUUGACGCCGGCGCGAGUGGUGUGCAUCCAUCGGUGGUGCUCCCGCUACUAGUCUUUGUCGCGCUGCACGCGCCUCGCAAACACGCGCUCUGGUGCGCCAUCGUCCUUGGGAUUUCGAUGGAUCUCCUGACACCAAUCAACCACGACAACGGCGGGCCGGUCACGCUCAUCGGUCCCUACGCGCUCGGAUACCUCCUUGCUGCUCAGUUCAUUUUCUCAGUACGAGGGAUGGUCAUCCGCAGAAACCCACUCACCAUCGCGUUCCUCUCGUUGAUUGCUUCGCUCAUUGCUGAGAUCCUUGUCGUCGCGCUCAUCACCAUCCGCUCACUUGCCGGCGAUUCCAUCGCAUGGGAUGCGGGGGAUGCACUCAUGGACCACACUCUCUCCUCGGUCUAUACCGGGGUCGCGGCCCUCUUCCUCUCGUUCAUCUUCUUCGCGCUGACCCCCGCCUUUGGGUUUCAUACUGUCAUCGCGACCCGCUUCGCUCGUCACAUCAAAUAG